UUCAAUAUUUGAUUAGUAUCCUGCUCCGACGACUGAAUUCAUAAUUUUUGACGUUUAGUAGUUUUGUGUUAUUCCAAUUUUCCAGUUAAUCUAAGUUCUCUAGUUGAGCUAGGUUUUAAAAUUUUUUAUUCAUUUAAAAAUGUCGAUUAUAAGACCAUUCACCUGCAAUGAUUUAUUCAAAUUCAACAAUGUAAAUUUAGAUCCACUUACAGAGACCUACGCGCUCUCCUUUUAUCUUCACUACCUCGCUCACUGGCCAGAGUAUGUUCAGGUUGCGGAAUCUCCCAGCGGUGAAAUAAUGGGUUAUAUUAUGGGAAAAGCAGAGGGCAUCGGAGAAAAUUGGCACGGUCACGUAACUGCCCUCACUGUGUCUCCAGAUUAUAGGAGAUUGGGCUUAGCAGCCAAAUUUAUGAAAUAUUUAGAAGAGGUUUCUGAAAAGAAACAGGCUUACUUUGUGGAUUUAUUUGUCCGUGUUAGCAAUAAAGUUGCCAUUAACAUGUACGAACGAUUAGGGUAUAUCGUUUAUCGAACCGUUUUGGAAUAUUACAGCGGGGAUCCUGACGAAGAUGCUUAUGAUAUGAGGAAAGCUCUUUCGAGAGACACAAGGAAGAAAUCAAUGAUUCCAUUGACUCAUCCAGUCAGGCCAGAAGAUGUUGAUUAAUGAUAUCUUUCAGUUCGAACAGUACAGAAGGCAAAAGAGAAAAACAAAUCUAAAGGAAUCGCUUUACAUAUCGGAGCAUGUUUUAUUUCAUUUUUGUACAAUAGUACAAUACUUCGUAUAUAUAUUUGUUGUACCGUACAUCUUUCACAUCUUUCAUGCGUCAUUUUAUGCGAAUAAUAAAUAAUAAAUAAAGAUUUAUUGAAAUUAA